AUGUCCUCCUCCUCCUCCUCCUCCGCCGCCGCCGUCGGGGAAUUGGCGGCUGCCACUGUCCUCGGAGUCGCCGUUUACGUGCUCUACUUCAAUCGCGGCGAACAUCACCUCCAUCCCGAGCGCUAUCUCGUCGUCUUCGCCGCUGUUCUCACUGCCAGCGUAGCCCUGCUGCAUCUGCACCACCGGCUGCCCCUCUCCGAAGCCCUGUCGAGCACCGUGAAUCUCGCGCUGUCCUUCCUGGCCGGCCUCUACGCCAGCGUUCUGGUCUAUCGCCAAUUCUUCCAUCCCCUGAACAAAUUCCCCGGCCCUUUUGGCACCCGCAUCUCCGCGCUCUUCUUGUCGGUCCGUUUCAGCAAAGCCGACAGUGCCCGCCAGUAUCUCACAUUGCACAAGAAAUAUGGCGAUUUCCUGCGAGUGGGCUCGUCCGAUCUGUCAAUCGUUCAUCCGAAGGGCAUCCAGGCUGUCUACGGUGCGGGCACUCCAUGUACCAAGGGCGAUGCCUACGACGUCACCAAGCCCGUGGUGUCGCUGCACAGUUUCCGGGAUAGACAACUACACGAUAAUCGCCGUCGAGUAUGGAGCGCGGCAUUUGGCGACGCCGCCUUGCGUGGGUACGAGAAGCGCAUUCGCAAGUACCGAGACAUGCUCGUGUCAACCUUUGCGGCAAGCGAAGGCAAACCGAUCAACGUCGUGCAGUGGUUCAACAACUACUCGUUCGAUAUAGUCGGUGAUCUGGCUUUUGGCCAGUCCUUUGACAUGCUCAAGGACGACGAGCUGCACUGGGCCGUUCGGCUCUUAGCGGAGGGGUUCAAGCCAUUGGCCUUUGGUCUUCCGACCUGGGUCUUCCGACUUGCUCAGCUCAUCCCUGGCGCGACGAAGGAUUGGUUUAGGUUUUUAGAUUUCUGCCGUGAGAGGAUGAUCACACGAAUGCAGAACACUCCCGACAUUCCGGAUAUUACCUCGUCGCUCUUGGUGCCUUUGGAGGGCAAGAAAGUGGCUCAGGAGGACAUGAACUUGCUUGUUGGUGACUCCCAACUGAUGAUGGCUGCUGGCGGUGACACAACGGCAACGACCCUGUCCAGCAUCAUUUUCGAGCUAUGCAUGCAUCCUGGGCAAAUCGAGAAGUUGCGAGAGUUAGUCGCGCCUUUCAUGACAGAUCCGUCCGGGGAAGUCCUGAACGAGAAAAUCGCCCAUAUCGAUCACCUCAACGGGGUGAUCUACGAAGCACUCCGACUUCAUCCGCCGGUACCGGGGAUCAUUCAACGCAAGACACCGCCCGAGGGAAUAAUGAUUGAAGACACCUUUAUUCCUGGGAAUAUGAUUGUUUUUUGCCCGCAGUAUGUCGUGGGAAGGAGCGAGGCAAUCUACGAGAGGCCCGAAGAAUUUAUCCCUGAACGCUGGUACUCACGUCCAGAACUCGUCAAGGAAAAGAGCGCCUUUGCGCCGUUUCUAUACGGGACAUACGGCUGCAUUGGACGACCGCUCGCCAUGAUGAACCUGCGAAGUACGCUUGCGCGACUCCUCACGACAUUUGACAUUAAGUUCGCAGAAGGCGAGGACGGCAGCAGCUUCGAUGGGAUGUCGACGAAUCACUUUCUGUGGUGCCCGGGAGACUUGUACAUUUCUUUUACCAAACGGGAACGCGUGUAG